AUGGUGGAUAACAAUUGUAUUAUCGAGGGAAAUGUCAAAUUUCGCGACGGUAAAAAGUGGAAAUCAAGAUGGUGUGUCAUGAGGAAAUUGUCACCAGUUGCAGAUUGUCUUCAUUUGCAACUUUACGGAGACAGUAAGGAUCGAUACAAGCAAGGUCAAACGAAAGCUUCGUUAAGCUUGCAACAUUUUCUCGGCGUGGAAAGCGGUUUCACUCUCGACAAGGAAUCCAAUACUAUAGCUAUAAUAUGCCAGGAUGUGACGGUCGUUUUGGCAUUCGACACCAGAGAACGAUUGAUACAAUGGCAAGUGAAGAUCUCCAACAAUUUAGGCGAAGAUCAACAGUUCCUGAUACUGAUCUCCACGGUGCCAUCGAAAGCGAAAGUGACCAAUGGACCCGCACACUUGCACAUCCAGGAUCGUCGUUUCUGCAUUACCGUCGGGAUUCCUCCCAGAUUAGUUGGUAUUUGGGAGAUCGGACAUCUACGUCGCUACGGUGUGGUGGAAGGACGAUUCUGCUUCGAGGGAGGCUCAAGUUGCGGUCGAGGGGAGGGUCUUCAUGUGCUGAUAACGGACCAGGGCGAAGAUAUCGUGAAGAUGCUGCAAUUAGCGGCUGAAGGGAAGCUGACGAAAAAACGACCGGUUAGCAGAGAGCAGAUAAUGCAGGAGAGCCCACGUCGUCAAUUCUCUCGUUCAGAAACAAGGGCCAGCGAUUUUUUCCCCUCGGCUGUUUACUCGUCCGCAUACGAGGAGCAGUGCGACAGCUGCAAGAACGAGAGCUCGCCCUAUUGGUCGUCCACCGAGAGUAGACAGCAAACUGAACUCGACAGGGAUUACAGCAGCAGAGACACCGUCUCCGUGUCGGAGCUGCCUGAUCAACCAGGGGAAUGGCGCAGCUGUUCCCUCACUCGUCAAGGAACAUCCGCUCUCGAGCGUUGCGCUAGCUGUAUCAGCAAACUAGGCACCGUUUCUAAAUCCUCUACUCUGGUUACGACGACAGGCGCUAGCAGUAUAAGCAGCCCAGCGGGAACUAUGAACAAUCUAGGUUGCCAUUUGCAGCCACGCACUCUCGAUCGGUUAUCGUUGUCUUCGUACAGUAGUAGCAGCCACGAUAGCGACUAUUCCAGCUCUCAACAAGUAGAGUGUCACUGUUCGCAAAAUUCGAAGAACACACAUCCGCAGACGAGUGUUCAACGUGUGUCACCGAGUCCUAACGCGUUGCCACCGAGACCUCCGAAACCGUCCCAAAGCACUGCCACGAAGAAGGUGAAGAAACCUCCUAUGCCACUGCCAAAUGAACAAGCCUGCGUGCACUCGCGUAAACAGCAAUUGAUCACACGUAACACGACCGCUAUCGCCGGUCCAUACGAGAAUUACGACAUACCCAAGACGAUCUUGGGGCAUCAUAUGUUGUUGGAACAGAGUUCCCAACCGGAUCAGUAUUACGAUACGCCAAGGAAAAUCAAAGAAUGCCUAGCACUGCCAAAAAGCUAUCCUAAUUACGAUACACCACAGACUCCGCAAGCUGUGGUGUUGCAACAAUGUGGUUGCCCGGCCAAGCUCACCGUUCAGUCCCCCAGGUCCUCAGGAUGUCCCUGCCAGAACGUGAUGAGCUGGGCUGGUUUUGUACUGCCAUAUUGUAGACGAGGAGCAGGAAUUGAACCCACCGGUGUGGCUGUUCAUCCGGUGAAACUUUCCGGAGAGGGAAAGAUGCCUGUGGUGAAUGCAAGUGGAGAAAUAGCAAUCUACGCGACGACUAAACGGGUCAAUAAAUCGGAGAACGUCGAAGAGAAGAAUAAAGACAACUGCGAGUGUCUUGAAACUGGAACCAACAAUUACGAGAACGUUGAACCUGUUAUCGACACGCAACCUGAGUCGAAGCAAACCAAUUACGCGAAUAUCGACUUCACUCAAUCCCUGGAACAUUAUGAAAACAGCAAAGAUCUGUUAGCGAAGAGUGGAAUAUCCCAGGAGGAGAUAGAAAAGUUUUCCGACCAAAUUAAAGACGUAACCACUCCUGAACCGCCCACAGAAGAUUCGUCCAAGAUUUGUCAAAAGUGUGGCCACAUUAAGGACAGGGAGAACGAUUAUUUAAUUAUGGAUCCUGAGAAGCAAAUGCCAAAGAAACCAUUCCCUGGCUAUCUACCGAUGCAACCAGCUCAUAAUGCUUGUUCGAAGGAAAUUCUAUCGAGAAUUUGCAGCGGUAUAAAAAGCUCGAGUAAUCCUGCAUUGUCAGGCUCAGCAUUGUCAGAAAGUGGCAAGAAACGAUCAGACUCUGAGUUUCGUGUUCCAGGUUCAGCGAUGUUGUCCAGUCCUUAUCUUAGACGUCGUUACCUGGAUGGAAACGGUGGAGCAGAAUCUAAUGGUAACAUUAGUAUGCUUCUAAGAAAACGGUCCUACUCCGCAGAGUCUGCACAUUAUCUGGAUGAUGAGAAUCACACUUUUCCUUCGACUCUCACCAUUCACAAGUGUUCCAGCGAGGCGGACAAAGCAUCUUUAGUCAGAGGAGAAACGCAUUCUCCCUGUGUCAAUGCAGAGAUUAAAAUCAGCCAGGACAACGGGCAGAUAGUCUCUCCUCAGCCGUCGUUUAUCAAGAUUCGACGUUCGUCUUCAGUGCCAUCUAAAACUGGUCACAACAGAGACUCUUCUAGCAGUAACGAUUCAGGCGUUUCAACUGGAUCUCUUAGUCACAGAACAGCGGAAUUCGUGGAGUUCGAAUUGUCGUUGACUCCGUCGACUUCCACGAGGAAACAGAACGUAUUGUCCGUUUACAGGAAGAGUCCACCGCCCACUUGUUACCACAGCAGUUUACCAAGGAAGUCUAAGUCCAGCGAUCCGCUCCGGGAGUUGUCGUUUCAAUUUCAGAAAAUCAAAAUCCCCACGAAAUCCUCUUCAGCGGAAGCUGACAUUCCAACGUGUUUGCCGAAAGCUACGAAAGGGUUCAAUAGUCCGGGAGAAGUGUCCAGUGCACCUUACAUCGAUUCGCGUAGCACAAGCAGCGGUACAUCCGACAUGUCUGACUACAUCGAGACGUUGUCGUUGUCCUCUCAUUCGUCGUCUGAUACGCCAGACAGUUUGAGACUGGGUGGCAGAGCAGUGGCAACGACGCUUCGUCCACGUGGAAGAACGUUGACUACACCAUCCGCCAAUUACGCGAAUAUUACCCCGGUGCUCGAGAAAAGCGAGUCCCCCUCGCCUGGAUACAUGAGUAGCUCUCCCUUUGAACAGCCACAACCUACUCGUGAACACUUUUUGUUUCCCGAUGAAGCUUGAACGUAGCAACAUUGUUUGGG